CUGGAAGACCUUUGCCUUGAAGCAAGAAAACUGCCACGGGAGAAAACAUGUCACGUGAACCAUUGCUGAAAACCUCAGAGGUAAGCCCCAAGAAAGGGUGGGCAAUUUGCUCUUGGAUCAUUUAACAGAAAGGAGAGUAGAAAAGUAAUUCAUAGAAUCAUAGAAUUGUAGAGUUGGAAGGGGACCCAGGGGUCAUCUAGUCCAUCCCCCUGAAAUUCAGGAAACACAGCUAAGGAAUCACUGACAGGUGGCCACCCAACCUCUGCUUUAAAAUCCCUGAGGAAGGAGAGUCCACAACUGUUGAACUGCUCUUACUGUCAGAAAGGUUUUCCUGGUGUUUAGUCAGAAUCUCCUUUCUCAUAACUUGAAGCCAUGGGUUCGAGUCCUGCCCUCCAGAGCAGGAGAAAACAACCUUGCUCCUUCCUCCAUGGGACAGCCCUUCAGAUGCUGGAAGAUGGUGUCAUAUCUCCUCUCAGUCUCCUCUUCUCCAAGCUCAACAAACGUGAAUAAUUUCUACACAUAUUAUUUUCUGAGAAUUUUCGGCAUAGCCCUACACCAAGCAAAGGGGACGUCCUUCCCAGGAGUUGAAUAUGACCUCCCCAGGCCUCCCAAUGUGGCCCCUGGACCCUCCCCAGGCCUCUCUCACAGCCUCCUUGUCUGUUUGAGCCUGGCUGCGAGAUUCUCCCCGAACCCUGAUAAUGUCUCUUCUCUGUGGGGAAGCAGGAAAGAGAUGCCAUUAAACUCACCUCCUUGGCAAAAGCAAAAUGAGCACCCGGUUUUGCCUCUAGCCCUGCCUGCCAUUAGUAUGUGGCCACUGGAAGCUUUCAUAGGCAGAAAUGUGGCCCUCAGGCUAAAAAUGCCCCCCCCACCCUUCCCUAAUGCUCUUUCUGUCCAGAAUGACAUACGCCUCCUUUGCUCCUGAGGGAUGUUCUUAAAAGUUCUCUUAUCCCCACUCAAUCAAAGUUGGAUCCUGCCAAUUGAUUCAUUAUUAAUAUUAAUUGUUGUUGUUGUUGUUGUUGUUAGUAGUAGUAGUAUAAUUAUACUUUAAAGAGGGUCCACAAAACCCUCACUAUAAGUUGCUUUUCUCUACUGCAUUUUCUAUAUACUGUAUUUUUUCUUGUAUAUGACGAUGUUUUUUCCUUUAAAAUAAUAGGAAAAAACAGGGGGUUGUCUUAUAAACAGAUAGCAGAGGGGUGGACUGGCAAUUGGGGGUGUGAUUGGUGGCUGCGUCAAGGCCUGCUUACGAUCGGCUGCGGCAACUGGGCGAUUGAUUAGUGGCAGCGGCGAUGCUUGCGUGCAAUUGUGUGUGGUUUUGUGUAGUGUACGGGGGGGGGCUUAUGGCAGUGAGCGUGCAGACAAUUGGUGGCUGUGGCAAUCUCCCCCCCAUUUUUUGUUGCAGUCCCCCCAAAAAGGGGUCAUCUUAUACAUGGGGGCGUGUUAUACACGGAAAAAUACGGCAUCUCUGUUUCUCAGGGUCUGUGCAUUUUGCAAAAAGUGAAGCCUCGGAGCUCUGAGAAGAUUCAGAGGGAUUGUUCUUAAAGAGGAGCAGUGGGUGAUUUAAUAAUAAUAAUAAUAGAUUUAAAAGCAUUUCUCAACGAGCAUCAAAUUAGUGUUCAAGUUUGCAAACCGAAGGCUGCUCUGGACUAACCUUAAACUAUCACAAAUAUUUCAGGCAGAUGAAGAUUCCGUCGGAGAAGGUAAGAAAGAAGGCAAAACAUCACAUUUUUGGGGAGAAAUCUACAUUAGCUACUGUCUCAUAAACAUUAUUUAUCCCUUCCUCCAUUUUUAAUGGUUCCAGUUGAAACUGCACCAGUAUUCCCAGCUCUCCCCUUCCUGAAGGUUACAGGGAGCAGACGAUUCCCUGGUUACAACAGCUUCUCUGGCUACCCAUCAUUUUCCGGGCAAAAUUCAAGGACCUUUAAAGCCCUUUACAGCUUAGGUCCAAGCUAUCUGAAAGACUGUAUUCCCUCAUAUGAACCGGCUUGGAUUUUGAACGAUACCAACUGUACGAAUGUCAUGAUCUACAGGAAUAAACCAUCUGAAAAAUUUGUCACCCCUGUUUGCAGCACUGGCAAAUUCGUAUGGGAGAGGACAGUCCUUCAGAUAGCCUGGGUCUAAGCUGUACUUGGCACAAUCAGCACAGUUUUCCUUCCACUGCAGUCCAGCUUCCAACAAAAACUAUCUGAUUCGUCUUGCUAUCCACCAUGGCCAAAUUUAACAUGCUAAAUUUCCCCAUAUGAACUGGCCCGGUUCCUGCAAUCAUCCUUUGAAAUCCUUCUUUGUGCGCCUCCUCUUCAAGAGGUCCGGAGGGUGGCAACACAAGAACAGGGCCUUUUCUACAGUGGCUCCCCAUUUGUGGAAUGCUCUCCCCGGGAGGCCUGCCUUGUGCCUUCAUUGCAGAUCAUUUAGGUACCAAGAGAAAAAGUUUCUCUUCAGCCAGGCCUUGGGCUGAUUAACUUUCUAUGGCCUUUUAAAUGUGUUUGUGGGAACGGGGUUAUUGGUUUGUUUUUGUCCUUGUUUCAUUAUGUUUUUUGUUUUCUCGUUUCAUGUUUUUAUGAUGUGAGAUGCCCUGCACUUUGUGGAUGAAGGGUGACAUACAAAUUUAAUAAAUAAUAAUAACCAGGGCAUUUUUUCAGCUGGAGCUCAGCUGCGGUACCUCUCAGGUGUGUUAGUGUUACCGAACAAGGGAGAAGUUUUUGGUGAGCUCCAGCAAACUCUUUUUCUACAAAAAUAGCAUGGAUCAUAAUGGAUGUUGUGAUUAAUUACACAAUACCACACUGUAAUGAGUAUGAGUUACUCGUGCGUAAACUGGUGCCUCUCUAGGCUGAUUUGCCUUGUUAAACCUUUCUGACUGCACAGCCCCUUCUGAUCAUGACUGUCUCAGUCACUAGCAGAAUCCGUCAGUGGGCGUUUCUUGAAUCUCUUCCAACAUAAGAGUUGUUUGACACCCAAUCGCCUCCGCCUCUCACUGCGCGGGAGCCUUCUGCGCAGGGUGGGCGUGGGUAGCGGGGGACCUGUCCCCUCCUCACUGAGUUCCAGUGAAGAGUCCGUGAGCCCUCUCUCCGAUUUUCCCAUCUGCUCACUUUUGUUCCUGGUGUUGCGCUUAAAUGCUUCCCCCUCCACUGAGUCGCCUCUCCCCCUGCUGCUGGGUCCUUCUCCAGCAUCAUCCAGGAGCCUCCCCUUCGCCUCUCGCUCUGAUGUCAGUUCCCUGACACACACCAUUCAUUUCAACACAAAGGCCACUAAUUUUAAUGGAAAGGAAAUACAGUGGAACCUCGGUUGUUGAACACCUCUGUAGUCAAACAUUUCGGGUUUUGAAUGCCAAAAACCCGGAAGUAACUGCUCCAGUUUUUGAAUGAUUUUUGGAAGCUGAACACGCUACGCGGCUUCCUUUUUGAGUUUCCCUAUUGUACUGAGGCUUCCAUAUUGAGUUUUCGGUUUUCAAACGUUUUGGAAACGUUCUUCCGGAACGGAUUACAUUCAAAAACCAAGGUACCACUGUAUCAUCAGACAAGCAGCAGAAGCAAAUCCCCAUCCUAUUCUCCUGCCUGAUUUCCAUCCCAAACAACAAACAGGUGAGCUGCCGCCAUUUUCACCCCCUCUGCUUUGCUGGAUGGAAGUGAGGUGUUGUGUUGAAUAUCAGAAAAGGGUUGACGUUCACCUGGAGAGAACUCGAACCCUUUGGUUGCUGAUCUCCUGUUCUCUGACAUCUCCUCCAUUGCUCACAGGAGAAGACAGAGAACUGAGGAUAAUCCUCGUCGGUAAAACAGGCUGUGGGAAAAGUGCCACGGGAAACACCAUCCUUGGCCGGAAAGAAUUCGUGUCGGCGCUUAGGCCAGGAACAACAACUGUGACCUGCCAAAGAGGCCAGGGGACCUGGAAUGGCAGGACUGUCUUGGUGGUGGACACAGCAGAUAUUUUGAGCUCAGGUGCCUUCAGUGAUGAAGAAUUAGCAGCCGAGAUCAUCCGUUGCAUUGAGCUGUCCAGGCCUGGUCCCCACGCUCUGGUUUUCGUGACUCAGGUGGGCCGUUUCACGGCAGAAGAUGAGGCGGCAGCGAAGCAAGUCCAGGAUGUCUUUGGCUUGGAGGCCACCAAGCACAUGGUGGUCUUGUUCACCCGCAAAGAAGAUUUAGGUGGAGGCUCCUUGCGGGAUUAUGUGGGGUGGUCAGAGAACAAGGCUGUCAAGGAGCUGAUGGGGAAAUGGGGCCGGCGCUUCUGCGCUUUCAAUAACAGGGCAGAGGGGAAGAGAGGGAGGAGCAGGUCUCCGAGCUGAUGGACAUGAUCCACGACAUGGUUCAGGAGAACAGAGGAGGCUAUUACAUCAACGAGCUGUAUUUGGAGCCCAACAUAACCAGUGCAGAUCUCAGGAGUUACAUGAUAGGAAACAGAUGGGCCAGGCAAAGAGCAGAGCAAGUUUCUGGCAGGAGGCAGAAUGUACCGCGUCUCGUGGCAGAUUGGUUGUUGGUCGCUACGGGGAUUGCAAUUGGGUGCGCUUUGCUGGGCUACAUUAUUUGGCGUGUGUUUUCUUACUUUCAAGUUGGGUCAUCUGCCUCCUAAAAUAGCUCAUAUUGGUCUUUCAUACCCUCUCCAGCUGUUUUUGGCCUACAACUCCC